AUGCUGCUGAUUGUGUUCCUGACAAUGAUUUGUUUCCAUGUUUCCAUGAACCAAGAUUCUGGCCCUGAGUAUGCAGAUGUGGUGUUUCUGGUGGAUAGCUCAGAUCACCUAGGGAGUAAGUCCUUUCCUCUUGUGAAAAAUUUCAUCAACAAGAUGAUCAACAGCCUCCCCAUAGAGGCCAACAAGUACCGGGUGGCGCUGGCCCAGUACAGUGAUUCUCUUCACACUGAGUUCCAGCUUGACACCUUCAAGAGCAGGAACCCCAUGCUGAACCACCUGAAGAAGAACUUUGGGUUCAUCGGUGGGUCCCUGAAGAUAGGGAAAGCCCUGCAGGAGGCUCACAGGACCUAUUUCUCUGCUCCCACAAACGGAAGAGACAAGAGACAGUUCCCCCCAAUCCUGGUGGUGCUGGCUUCAGCUGAGUCUGAGGACGAUGUGAAAGAGGCUUCAAAGGCCCUGAGAAAGGAUGGAGUGAAAAUCAUCUCUGUGGGGGUGCAGAAGGCUUCUGAGGAAAACCUGAAGGCCAUGGCCACAUCCCAGUUCCAUUUCAACCUCAGGACUGCCAGAGACCUCAGUGUGUUUGCCCCAAACAUGACCCAGAUCAUCAAGGAUGUAACUAAGUACAGGGAAGGAAUGGCUGAUGACAUUAUUGUAGAAACUUGCCAAGGCCCUUCUGUGGCUGACGUUGUGUUCCUGUUGGAUAUGGCCAUCAAUGGCAGCCAGGAGGACCUUGACCAUCUUAAAGCAUUCCUGGGAGAAAGUGUGUCUGCCCUUGACAUAAAGGAAAACUGCAUGAGGGUUGGUCUGGUGGCCUACAGCAAUGAGACAAAGGUCAUCAGCUCACUGAGUACGGGCGUCAAUAAGACAGAGGUCUUACAGCGCAUACAGGACCUAUCUCCCCGUCUAGGGCAGGCCUACACUGGCGCGGCUCUCAGAAAGACUAGGAAGGAAGUCUUCAGUGCCCAGAAGGGCAGUCGGAAGAACCAGGGGGUGCCUCAGAUUGCUGUGCUGGUGACCCACAGAGCUUCUGAAGACAACGUGACCAAGGCAGCUGUCAACCUCCGGCGCGAGGGAGUGACCAUCUUUACCAUGGGCGUAGAGGGGGCCAGCCCAGACCAGCUGAGGAAGAUCGCAUCCCACCCUGCAAAGCAGUUCGCCUCCAAACUGAGCAACUUCUCCGAGCUGGCCACCCACAACCAGACGUUCCUGAAGAAGCUGCGGAACCAAAUCACACACACGGUCUCUGUCUUCUCAGAACGGACCGAGACCCUCAAAUCCGCCUGUGUGGACACGGAGGAAGCCGAUAUCUAUCUUCUCAUUGAUGGGUCGGGGAACACCCAGCCCACAGACUUUCAAGAAAUGAAGACCUUCCUGUCAGAGGUGGUGGGCAUGUUCAACAUCGCCCCCCACAAGGUGCGGGUCGGGGCCGUGCAGUACGCAGACACCUGGGACUUGGAGUUCGGGAUCGAUAAGUACACUGACAAGCCUGCCUUGAGGAAGGCCAUCGAGAACAUCAGGCAGAUGGGCGGGAACACCAACACAGGCGCCGCCCUGAACUUCACGCGGAAGCUGCUGCAAAGAGCAAAGAAGCAGCGCAGAAACAUAGUGCCAUGUCAUCUCGUCGUUCUGACAGAUGGCAUGUCCCAGGACAGUGUCCUGGAGCCUGCACACAGGCUGAGAGAGGAAAACAUUCGAGUUUAUGCAAUCGGAGUCAAGGAAGCCAACCGAACGCAGCUGCGAGAGAUAGCGGGGGAGGAAAAGCAAGUGUACUAUGUGCAUGAAUUCGAUGCCUUGAGGGACAUAAGGAACCAAGUGGUUCAAGAGAUCUGUGCCGAAGAAGCCUGCCGAGACAUGAAAGCAGAUAUCAUGUUUCUGGUGGACAGUUCCGGCAGCAUCGGGCCUGAGAACUUCAGCAAGAUGAAGGUGUUUAUGAAGAACCUGGUGAGCAAAUCUCAGAUCGGGGUGGACCGGGUGCAAAUUGGCGUGGUCCAGUUCAGCCACGAAAACAAGGAGGAGUUUCAACUCAACACGUACUUGUCUCAAAGUGACAUUUCCAACGCCAUUGACCGAAUGACUCACAUAGGAGAGACAACCUUGACAGGCAGCGCCCUCACCUUUGUGUCUCAGUAUUUCAGUCCUGAGAAGGGGGCUCGGCCCAACGUCAGAAAGUUCCUCAUUCUCAUCACGGACGGUGAGGCACAGGACAUAGUAAGGGACCCAGCAGUGGCCCUUCGGAAGGAAGGUGUGAUUAUCUAUUCUGUGGGAGUAUUUGGCUCCAAUGUCACCCAGCUUGAGGAGAUCAGUGGGAAACCAGAGAUGGUUUUCUAUGUUGAGAAUUUUGACAUUCUGCAGCAUAUCGAAGAUGACCUUGUUCUGGGAAUAUGCAGUCCCCGGGAAGAAUGCAAGCGGAUUGAAGUCUUGGACGUUGUGUUUGUCAUCGAUAGCUCCGGCAGCAUUGACGAUCAAGAAUAUAGCAUCAUGAAGGACUUUAUGAUUGGCCUGGUGAAAAAGGCGGAUGUGGGCAAGAAUCAGGUCCGGUUCGGAGCUCUGAAGUAUGCCGAUGACCCGAAAGUGCUGUUUUAUCUGGAUGAACUAGGCACGAAGUCGGAGGUGAUCUCCAUGCUCCAGAAAGACCAGCCCAUGGGUGGUAACACCUACACUGCUGAGGCCCUGGCCUUCUCCGACCACAUGUUUACCGAAGCCCGGGGCAGCCGUCUGCACAGGGGAGUCCCCCAAGUCCUCAUUGUGAUCACCGACGGGGAAUCUCACGAUGCCGAGAAGCUCAACGCCACCGCCAAGGCCCUGAGGGACAAAGGCAUCCUCGUCCUGGCAGUGGGGAUUGCCGGCGCAAAUGCCUGGGAGCUCUUGGCCAUGGCAGGGUCGAGUGACAAGUACUACUUUGUAGAGACGUUUGGAGGCCUGAAGGGGAUCUUUUCCAACGUGUCGGACAGUGUCUGUAACUCUUCAAAAGUCGAUUGUGAAAUUGAGAAGGUUGACCUUGUUUUCCUCAUGGAUGGCUCAAACAGCAUCCAUCCGAAUGACUUCCAGAAGAUGAAGGAGUUUCUGGCAUCAGUCAUUAAAGACUUUGAUGUCAGCCUCAACAGGGCGCGCAUAGGAGUGGCACAGUUCAGCGACAGCUACAGACCAGAGUUUCUGCUGGGCACGUUCUCGGGGGAAAAGGAGAUAGCCACGCAGAUUGAGAAUAUCCAGCAGAUUUUCGGAUACACCCACAUUGGGGAUGCACUCAGGCAGGUGAGGUACUAUUUCCAGCCAGGCGCGGGCAGCAGGAUCAACGCAGGGACGCCUCAGGUGCUUCUGGUCCUCACGGAUGGCCGGUCCCAAGACGAGGUGGCUCAGGCCGCCGAGGAGCUGAGACACAAAGGAGUGGACAUCUACUCGGUGGGCAUUGGGGAUGUGGACGAUCAGCAGCUGGUCCAGAUCACGGGGACAGCGGAGAAAAAACUGACGGUCCAUAACUUCGACGAGCUGAAAAAGGUGAAGAAAAGGAUCGUUCGCAACAUCUGCAACCCAGUCAGUGAGAGCAGUUGUUUUGUAGACGUUGUGGUUGGAUUUGAUAUCUCAAGUCAGCAGAGAGGGCAGCCUUUGCUGGAAGGUCAGCCUUGGAUGGAAGCCUAUCUCCAAGACAUCUUACAGGCCAUCAACUCCCUCAACGGGGUUAGCUGUAAGAAGGGUACCAAAACCCAGGUGAGCAUAGCUUUCCAGGUGACAAAUGCCAUGGAGAGAUUCCCCUCCAAGUUCGAAAUCUACAGCAAGGACAUACUGAGCAACCUGCGUGAUGUGACAGUGAACGGCCCAUCUCGCCUCAACGCGAAGCUGCUGAGUUCUCUGUGGGACACCUUUCAGAAUAAGUCUGCCGCUCGAGGGAAGGUGGUCCUUCUAUUUUCAGAUGGAUUGGAUGAGGAUGUUGAAAAACUUGAACAGAAAUCUGAUGAACUCAGAAAGGAAGGCCUGAAUGCCCUCAUAACCGUUGCUGUGGAUGGAGCUGCAGAUCCCAGCAACCUGGCCGAUCUUCCCUACAUCGAAUUUGGGAAAGGAUUCGAGUACAGAACACAGUUCACAAUUGGCAUGAGGAACCUUGGGAGUCAACUGUCAAAGCAACUAAUCAACAUUGCAGAAAGGACCUGCUGCUGUUUACUCUGCAAGUGUAUAGGAGGGGACGGCGCCAUGGGGGACCCGGGCUCGGCAGGAAAGAAGGGACCGCCAGGAUUUAAAGGCAGCGAAGGCUACCUGGGAGAAGAGGGCAUUGCUGGAGAAAGAGGAGCCCCUGGAUCAACAGGAGAGCAAGGCACGAAGGGAUGCGUAGGCGCCAAAGGGCCUAAGGGUACCAGAGGACUCAGUGGAGAAAAGGGAGAAGUCGGGGAAAAUGGACUUGAUGGAUUAGCUGGAGAAGAGGGUGACAGUGGGAUUCCUGGAAGAAGAGGAGAAAAGGGUGAUGAGGGAUCUCAGGGAAGCCCAGGCGGGAGAGGAGUUUCUGGUGACCGUGGACCAAAGGGCCUUCGGGGAGAUCCGGGAAUUCCUGGUCAGGACAAUAGCAUCCAAGGACCCAAGGGCUUGAAAGGAGGCCAUGGAAGACAAGGCAGAAGAGGCUGGCCAGGCCCUCCUGGGACACCAGGCUCAAGAAGAAAGAUGGUAGUUCAUGGCCGAAGGGGACAUACAGGCCCACAGGGAAAUCCAGGCAUCUCAGGCCCAGAUGGACUUGAAGGCUCACCGGGACUUGUGGGCCCUCAGGGCCUGAGAGGAGACGUUGGUGAGAAAGGAGAAAAAGGAGGCCUGGGAAUGAAAGGUCCCCAGGGGCCUCCAGGACCCGGAGGACAAGCAGGGAACCAAGGCCGUUUGGGAAGCCAAGGAAAUAAAGGAGAACCUGGAGACCUGGGAGAAAAGGGAGCUGCUGGCUUCCCGGGCCCUCGGGGCCUGCAGGGUGAUGACGGCAGCCCAGGAUAUGGUAGCGUUGGCCGAAAAGGGACAAAGGGGCAAGAAGGAUUCCCUGGAGAGAGUGGACCAAAGGGUGAGACUGGGGACCCUGGUGAUCCAGGAGAGACUGGUCCCAAGGGAGCCAGAGGCAAAACGGUGUCUGCUGGGCUUCCAGGAGAGCUGGGAUCCCCUGGGGAGCCAGGCCCCCCUGGACGGAAGGGCGUGAAAGGACCCCGAGGACAGGCUUCGUUUUCCACAUGUGAGCUCCUUCAGUAUGUGCGGGACCACAGCCCUGUCAGACACGGAAAACCUGACUGCCCGGUGCAUCCGACUGAUUUGGUGUUUGUCCUGGACCAGUCCAGGGGUGUCACAGAGCAGGACUUUGAACGGAUGAAGGGAAUGAUCAUCUCCCUAGUCAGGGAUGUCAAAGUCAGGGAGGCCAGCUGCCCCGUGGGUGCCCGAGUUGCCAUCUUAUCCUAUAACUCCCGCACCAGGCACCUCAUCCGGUUCUCAGACGCCCUGAGGAAGGACCAUCUGCUCAGGGAAAUUAAAGCGCUUCCUUAUGAGAGAUCCUCUGACAGCAGGGAGAUUGGCAAAGCCAUGAGGUUUGUCUCCAGGAAUGUCUUCAAGCGAACCCUUCCCGGGGCUCACGUGAGAAGAAUCGCCACGUUUUUCAGCAGCGGUCAGUCGGCUGAUGUCCAGUCCAUCACCACAGCUGCCAUGGAGUUCAGCGCCCUGGACAUUGUGCCCGUGGUGAUCGCAUUCAGCAACGUGCCCUCUGUCAAGCGUGCCUUUUCGAUUGAUGACACUGGCACAUUCCAAGUCAUUGUGGUUCCCUCUGGGACUGACGACGCGCCAGCCUUAGAGAGACUCCAGCGGUGCACUUUCUGCUAUGACCUAUGCAAGCCGGAUGCAUCUUGCGACCAAGCCAAACCGCCCCCAGUACAGUCCUACCUGGACGCUGCAUUCCUGCUGGAUGGCUCCCGGCACAUGGGAAGUGCAGAAUUUGAAGACAUGAGGGAUUUCCUGGAGGCACUACUGGACCACUUCGAAGUCACUCCAGAGCCAGAGACAUCUGUCAUUGGAGACAGGGUGGCCUUACUGAGCCAUGCACCCCCAAACUUCCUACCAAACACCCAGAGGAGUCCGGUUAGACCUGAGUUCAACCUGACCACCUACAACAGCAAGAGCCUCAUGAAGAGGCAUGUGGAACAGAGAGCUCAGCAGCUGAACGGAGACGCUUUCCUCGGCCAUGCUCUCGGGUGGGCCCUGGACAACAUCUUCUCAAACGCACCCAAUUUGAGAAGAAACAAAGUCAUAUUCGUGAUAUCUGCUGGGGAAACCAGCCACCUGGAUGAGGAAACAUUGAAGAAAGAGUCCCUACGAGCCAAAUGUCAUGGAUACACCCUCUUUGUGUUUUCCUUGGGCCCCGACUGGAACGACAAGGAACUGGAAGACCUGGCCAGUCACCCCGUGGACCAGCACUUGAUCCAGCUUGGCCGAAUUCACAAACCUGACCAUGGAUACAGUGUGAAGUUUGUGAAGUCCUUUAUAAACUCCGUCAGGCGUGGGAUAAACAAGUAUCCAUCAGUUAACAUCAAAGCCAGGUGCAACAGGCUCAACCCUACAAAUCCAAAGCCACCCCCACGCCAGUUUCAAAGCUUUGUUCCGGGACCACAGAAAGCUAUCCUCAAAGGCCACUCACAGGAGGCAGCAAAGCUCUUUCAAGAUAAAAAACGCCUUUCAAGUGUCCUGAGAAGUGGCAGAGCUGCUCUUUCAAGUCUUUCUAAAAACACACUCUAUACCUUUAAACAGGGGAAAGGAGGGAUAAAAGCCACUUCCAAACACGGUAAAUGAAGGGAUCAAACAAGUUAGCUGUGGUCAGGCUCUGGACUGAGCACCAGAUCCACUCCCGAAUGCCAAGCUCUUAUCCAGGCUGCACACCAGCAUCCAACGGCUGCGCUGAAGGGAAGAACAAGCCAGUGCCUGUAGUUGGUCAGGUACCUCAACCCCCUACACUCACGGUACCAAGAUCUAUUCUGUAGGUUUACUUGACGAUUCCUGACAAUUCCAGCACUCUGAGAAUCAUGUAACCAUGGGGAGAUGGAACGAAAGACAUGUUUUGAAAAGUUGAAUGAGACAGGAUUCUGAAGUUGAUUUUUUUACAGUGUAUGCAUGUGGUCGGGGGCCACUGUAAACUUUCAAUUGCGACCCUCUGCUGCUUUUCCAUCUGCAAAGCCACCUUUUUAAUGUGCUAUUGUUCAAUGCUCAUCUGUUUAAUCAGAAGUUUUCAAUGUUGUAGAGUUCUCAUUUACCCUAGAAAUUGGUGCUGUUUGUAUGCCAUGGUUUUGGACAUCUGACCUUCAGGACUUCCAUUUCAGCACAGUAUUGUCUUGGUAGACUGGCUGGCCUGGGAGGGGCUUGUGCCGGAAGGAUGCCUCUGGCCUUCGGCAGUUGUUUGCCUGCUGGUCUGUAGGAGGCAGAAAGUAACUCUCCCCAGUUCUGACUCUGCCGAAACUCAGUGGGAAACUUAGCGAGUCUCCAGGAACCCGAGUCAUGCUUCUGGGCUGGAUUUUCUAUAUAGAACUUCUUGCCAAUCCAUGUCAGUGGGUUUCUGGUCUUUUUUCCUUGUUAUGGUCAUUAAGUUUUUUCUACUAAUCCGUCUAUCCCUUAGACAGGAAGAGUCAAAACACAGUGUCAUGUGUUAGGCUCUGAGUUCCUUUACUCCACCUGGUAGCAAGCAUCUGGGCUACCGUGGGUGGCAGAGCUCAGAAUGAAAUUUAAAUGGCUCUGAGCUUCUGGUGUAAGAAAAUCCCUGAAUCUGGGUUGAUCAAUUGGCAGAGACUAGAGUGAGUCAGCAGAAGUCUCAGGGCCCAGCUCCUCAAGCACUCCGUAUCUCCAUCCCUGUCCAUCUUUUUCCUUCCUAGGGUAGGGGUAUCUUCAACAACUGAAAAUCAAAGGUCCACUGUGUUGAGGCCCACCACCCAGCUCUUACCUUGGUUUACAGUUCGCUCCCCAGUUAGCAGCAAUGGCGCUGCCAGGAAGAAUGUCACUGUCCCUGGGAAGGAAAGGAAGCUGUGUGUGGGAAGUAGGUUACUGACACCAGAAGGCCAGAGGAGUGUGCCGGAUCUUUUUGUCUAUACCUCUGUCCAGGAAAUCUGGCCAGAUGAGCCAUGUGCAGUAUUUUUUUUUAAGCCUUUGUGCCACCAUUCCUGGGACAACUGCAUGAAGACAGCUCCAGCACCUUCUGAGGAGCAGGAAACCCAGGAAAAACUGUCAGUCUGUACUCAGGUGUGCAUCCUAACGGUGUCUAGAGGCUCAGGAAGACUGUAUGUUUCAGUGCAGGGACUUUUCUAAUUCACUUUGACUGGGCACAGCACUUUCCUACUUAUUGUUGGAGAUACUUUGAAAAAAAAAAAUUUUUUCCCUGUGUUAAGUAGAGUACAUUUUUUAAAUUGCUUGGUAAUUAAAAUUAUUUUGGCAUCUU